AUGGGCGAAGAUGCUGCUAAGCCAGCGGCCCCUGACAUGAGGGGCUGGUUCGACGCAUUCCGCAGCGACGGCGGUCCCACGCUGUAUGGCUUCAACAACCGCACCCCGGUCACGGGAGAUGUCCACACGGUGGCCGCGUGCGUUUUGUUCGGCACGCUCUACCUCGCUUUCUUGCUCGUCUUCCCUGGCGUACGAAAACAGUGGCUGUUGGGCGCCGGUUGGCACGUGGCGUGUACGGAGGUAACUGCUUCAUAUCGGGCAUUUUCCAAUGAGAAAAUUUCCGCAAGAAUUGGAGCCCACGUAGGUCUAGGAUACGUCAACGUUACGAUGACUGUGCAAGACAUCAGGCUCUCCGAGCUGGGCAUCAAACCUGGAUAUUCUGGUUCAAAUCCCAUAGCUUUAAUCACUAAUGAAGAGGAGCUUUGGCGUUCAGUAGAAUAUCAAUUUCCUCAUAAUAUUAAUGAGAUUCAAAAGCGAGCAAAGAAUUUGUUUGAAGCAUCCAUGUAUACAGCGACUGAUUAUCUGAUUAAAGUUCAAACGAUACCAGUUGGAAAUUGGUCACCUCCGUCUGAUAUAGACUACAAUGAAAGAUUUCGAUGGGGCGGAGCGGGCGAGAUGGAGGACAGCUACGAAGCGGCUUUACGACGAGGAUUGCCCUAUCCUGUCCUUACGGUCGCUGAAUACUUCUCGCUGGGACAAGAAGGAUUCGCUUGGGGAGGGCAAUAUAGAGCUGCGGGAUAUUAUGCUUCGAUUUUACUUGGUACGGCAUUGGCGUGUUGGCUGCUCAUGAACCUGCUCCUGGUUGCUGUCCCGCGAUAUGGAGCCUAUUUGAUGUUUACGACUGGGCUUUUAUUGGCUGCCACGGAUUUGGGCUACUAUCUGAUGUUGCCAGCAAGGCCUCUACGAAUUGUACUUGAAGGCGGAGCGCUCGAUUUUCGAUUAGGAUGGUGCUUCUGGCUGGUCUUAGUUGCUGGAAGUAUAUGCUCAUUUUCCGGAUUAGUAAUAACGUGCGUGGAUUUGGCAUUUCCUCACCGAUUUUCGACUGUUCUUGAGGUGUACUAUGAUACUCCUUACGAUCGGCACGUUAUAUUGGAAGAGAGCCACGACACGCGCUACAGGAAACGCAACAGUGGCGGCAACGGCGGCCUGGAAGAUCCACCGGGAUUUGGCUCCAGAAUACUCAGACGUUUGUCUUCAAAAACGCGAGAACAUGGGGCGGCAACCGAUCGAUACGGAAUCGACAAUCAUGCCUUCCAGCCGACAGAGCCUCCAAAGUCUCCUUGGCGGUAUCCAUUUAGGAGGACUCAGAUAGCAAGCGCCGCCGGAAACAGACAACGGACAGGAUCCCAAGAUUCUGCAAGCAGCGCGACGUCCUCUACGGCGACUCCCGCAGGGAAUAUUGGACAACCUGGUGUACAUAGGGCUCCCAUUAACAGGCUUGUACAGUAA